UGAUACCGCUGAAAAUGGCUGACAAGUUUCAAGGAACAGGAAACAAUGGUUAAAAACUACCAAUUAUAUUAUUGAUUAGGCUUAUUUUUCCCAAAUAUCUAUUUUUCACGAUGAGAAGAGGUCCUGGGGGAGUAGGUGCUAUCAACAAACAGCGCCUUGCUAAGGCCAAGUAUGCUGAAAAAAGAACAGAAAUAGCAGACAUCCAGCUGUCUCAGAUGGGAAAGCAGUUGGAUUCGUUCAAGAACUACCUUGAAGAAUUUGCAGCCAAGCAUAAAACAGAUAUCAAGAAAAAUCCAGAAUUCAGGGGUCAUUUCCAGAAAAUGUGUGCAAGAAUAGGAGUGGACCCCUUAGCAUCCAGCAAAGGAUUUUGGGCAGAACUUCUCGGUGUUGGAGAUUUUUAUUAUGAGCUUGGUGUUCAGAUUGUUGAGAUCUGUAUUGCUACAAGACCAAGAAAUGGAGGUCUAAUUGCAUUAGACGACUUACAUUCCAGGAUCUUAAAAACAAGUAAAGCAAGACAAGAUGUUACAGAAGAUGAUUUGGAGCGAGCAAUCAAGAAGCUUCAUGCUCUAGGCAGUGGAUUCCAGGUGAUUCCAGUGGGUAAAAAGAGGCUUGUUCAGUCAGUGCCAGGAGAAUUAACAAUGGAUGAUACGGCUACUCUUCAACUAGCACAGGGCACUGGUUUCACAUCAGUUGAAGCACUACAGAAGGAACUUGGCUGGGAUGAGGAAAGAGCUGUUCGUAUAUUGGACCACAUGGUACAUGAGGAGUUAGCCUGGGUUGAUGACCAAGCUGAUAAUCAGAGGCUUUACUGGUUUCCUGGCCUCUUUGCUGACAACUAAUCUCAUAUUAAUGGGAUGGGUUUGGGUGGGGUGGUGAGAUAAGAAAACUAAGUUCUCAAAGACAAUCUGUAGCAGUCUUGUUAGUUCCAAGUUGAGUUUGCAUUUAUAAGGAAGAUAACGUCAACAAUCAGAAAAUACCAGGGCUACCCAAUAUUUUCCUAAAACUGUGGCAAACAGAAAAGAAGUAAAGCUUACUGUAAAUAUUCUAUUAAAAUUGAAAUAUUGCAUCGUGUU